AUGGCCUCAGUUCUCAUGAAUUUUCACCGCGGUCUGUGUCAACGGAUUUAUUCAUCUUCAACAGUAUUUGUCGCUGCCAGGCGUACUUUCGUGUCCGCAGACGCCCCCCAGCGUGUGCCACCACCACGAGACCCGUCUUUAUUCCAGCUCGGACACGGGCCCUCCGCAAGACCUGCGGAGAACAUCACGACAACAAAGAAGUUUUUGGAGUCUAUUGGGCGCGGGAUGCAAGAGAAAGUAGAUCAAAAUAUGAGCUGGGAAGAAUUAUGGAAGCUUGACGGAAAGGCAUUGCGGAAAGCUGGACUCGCUGUGCGCGAUCGGAGGUAUCUUCUCUGGUGUAUGGAAAAAUUCCGUCUGGGCUUCCCUCUGAGCGAAUUUGUACAUGAACCAACUCCAAAAAAGACGAUACGCGGUUGGGGACCUAAAGUACAGAAUGGGAAACGGAUACGUUCUCGGCGACUAAAAGACAAGUCAAAGAGAAAGGUCACCACAUAA